AUGAGACCUGAGGCAUCACUAGCAGAGGAGCUAAACUGCUUCUUUGCACGCUUUGAUGCACCACAGCAGCACUCAUCUGAUCCUGCCCUGCCUCCACACCUACCCGGUUACUGCACCACUCCAUUCACUGUACGGGAGCACAAUGUUAGAUGUUCGCUCCAAUCAGUGAACCCCAGGAAAGCUACUGGCCCAGAUGGAGUACUUGGUAGGGUGCUCAAAGCAUGUGCCCUCCAGCUUGCCCCCACCUUCACCAGAAUUUUCAAUCUCUCCCUGGCCCAGCCAGUCAUCCCUCCCUGCUUAAAAUCUGCAACCAUCAUCCCACUGCUGAAAACGCCUACCAUCACCAGCCUGAAUGAUUACCGACCAGUGGCUCUCACUCCAGUAAUCAUGAAGUGCUUCGAGAGACUGGUUUUCCAGCCUAUCAAGGACUAUCUCCCUCUGAACUUUGACCCCUACCAGUUUGCAUAUUGCACCAACAGGUCCACGGAGGAUGCUAUUACAGUAGCUCUCCACACCGCGCUGAGCCACCUGGAACAACAGCACAGCUACGUGAUAGAGACAUUUUAUGGUUACGAUGAAGAGGCAUCAGCAGAAUCUGAUGGAUCAUCUUUGUCUUUUCACACCGACAGAACUCCAGAUAUCGAACCAGAAGAGGUGUGUGGGCAUGAAGAGGCAGAGUUUUGUUAUCGUCAGCUGACCCAAGAGUACCAGGCAUUACAGCGAGCAUAUGCUCUGCUGGCAGAGACAUGUGGGGGAAACUAUGAUGCUGAAAAGGAGAUCAAGACCAGAGAGCAGCUGCUGAAUGAAAUCAGUCAAUAUCAGAACAGGAUUGCAGAUCUGGAGUCAAUGCUGAAACAACAAGGAUUGGAUCUGCGGUGGAAGGAAGAAAAGCUCUGUUGUGUGACACUGAAUGUUUCUGAUUUUCUGCAGGUGCAACAGAUGGAAGAUGAAGAGCUGCAGCUGAAAAAUGACAUUCAGGAUGUCAAAGACCAGAAUGAGCUGCUGGAGUUCAGGAUUUUGGAGCUGGAGGAGAGGGAGUGGCACUCACCUGCCAUUAACUUCCAACAACUUUAUUUCCCAGAAGGCCUUAGUCCUCUGCAGAUCUACUGUGAGGCAGAAGGAGUCACUGAUAUUGUGAUCAGUGAGCUGAUGAAGAAGUUGGACAUUCUGGGGGAUAAUGCCGUAAGUAAUCUAUCCAACGAGGAGCAGGUGGUUGUAAUCCAUGCAAGGACUGUGUUAACUCUGGCAGAAAAGUGGCUGGAGACCAUCGAAAUGACAAAGUCAGUUUUGCAGCAGAAGAUGUUGGACAUUGAAAAUGAAAAGGACCUCUUCAGAAAACAAAAAGGUUACCUGGAUGAGGAGCUGGACUUCAGGAAGCAGUCGAUGGACCAGGCUCAUAAGAGGAUCUUAGAGCUGGAGGCCAUGCUGUUUGAGGCUCUGCAGCAGGAGGAGGAGACCAGGAUUAUGGGAUUAAAGACGGGGGAGGGUCACCUCUCUGAGACUUUGACAGAAGAAGAGAAGGAGGAGCUGAGGAGAGCCAUGAAUCAGUGGAAACGAAUCGUGAUGUGUGAACUGAGAGAAAGAGAUGUUCAGAUCCUUCGAGAGAGGAUGGAACUGCUUCAACUCACACAGCAGAAAAACAAGGAGCUGGAGGAAUUUAUUGAAGCUCAGAAACGCCAAAUCAAAGAGCUGGAAGAGAAGAUCCGCGUGAACACAGUUGAGGGUCGCAGAGAAUGCCAGAUGGAAAACCGCUCUCUGGUGAGAAUGAGCUGGUACCUGAAGGUGGGGCGCAGCUCCUCUGCAUGGAACCCCGAAUAG